AUGACUAAGUCUUCUCCAUCCAUCACAAAAAGAGCCAGCCAGACUCUCAAACAAAGAGAUGAAGGGGAAAGUGACCUAGAGCAGGUUGAUGAUAUCAAGGAUGACUCAGCAAGCUCAUACUACACUGCUCUUUGUUCUCUGAGUGACUAUAGUGAAGCUCUAGAGGACAGGACACAUGUUCUCUCUACUGAGCCUUCCAUUGAAGGUGACUCAUUGGAGUUCUUGGAUUGUGCUUCAUCUAUGGAAGUCAUUCCUUCAUGGUCCUCGAUCAAAGAUAUCACACUAUCGCAGGAAUACAAAACACAAGAAGACAGGGAUAAAGAAGUGCGGCCUGAGGGGUCCCAAUGUAAACCAGAUAAAUCUUCAUCAUCUGAGAGAGAAUCUCUUUUGUUAGAAUCUGAGUCAAAACAUCUGCUGACAUGUACAUCAAAAACUAAUGCGGAUUUGCAGUCUGGUAAUACAGUCUCUACAGACCCCAUUCUAAAGCCAGAUACACUUAAAUCACCAAGAAAAAAUUCAUCAGUAAAUCCAAGGGAUUUUUUUGGAGUCAGUGGGGCUGUGUUUCACACUAACAUUAGAACCGCUGAGGAGCACAGCUCCUCAGAACCCAGAUUCACUUCCAGCACUAUUUUGAUUACGCCUGUGAGAAAUCAAUACAGCAAGAUUAGGAAACAAGAACAUGGUGGCAGAGAGCCAAAAGAGGACCACACGACACAAAAGCAAAGAACCAGAGAAGGUCUGAGUGCACUCAGGGCUGAAUGCAGGCUUGACAGUGGCAGGCAUAUUAAGGGUCAUAUAGACAAAAAGGGGGAGGGUCAGGGUAUGGGGGUGAUUUGCAGAAAGGAGCAGGCUGAGCUGUCACUCAGGUCUAGAAAUAGAAAAGCUUCUGCAAACUGCAUCUCAACACCCACAGCCAGCAAGCAGGAGCCAAGAAUCCCGCCACACUGUUAUUCAGAGCGUAUCCCUGCAACUGGGCACCAACACCAGCUACAGAGAUUUGCUGAUACUCUGAGGUUGGAAAGGCAGUGCUGGCUAGGCAUCUGGCAGUCCAGACCACUCUCCUACACACAACCCUGCCACACUAAAGGAGGAACAACCGGCAUGGGAACAAAGCUAGCUGAGGCCAGUAGUGAGGUUGGGGGCCUUGUUAACCUGGCCCAGAACACUCAAAACACAUCUGCUUGCUCAGAAUCCAGCAGCUUUGAGUGCAUUGAUGUGGCUUUGGAAACCACAGAAGAAAUAAACAGAGGUUUAAAGACUGUUCCGAAAAGACAAAUCCAGCUGAAGAGAAGGGACACAACUGAGUCGCAUGACAGCGAAAACAACAAUGAAUCCCUUCGCGUUUCAAAAACACAUUCCCGCAUUAGGGACAUUUUCCAGCGGCAGCAUAGCACCCCUGCAGCGUUUCACAAAGAGUCACAUGUGGCUGAUCAAAGGUUAGUCCAGGCAGAACGAAAGCAAAGACUUCAGAAGUCAUUUUCCCUGGAUGAAACGUCCAGCAAAACCAAAAUGGCUUCCAGCAUCAUAAAAAGUGUCCUAUCAAAAAAGAUGCAACACGAACAGAAUAUUUGCACUGUGGAUCUUUCGGACAAGGAUUUUGCUUCCAUUAAAGUGAACAACAGAACUACCACUGACGAUUGCUUGUAUUUGUCUGGCAAGGAUGUAUAUAAUGAAACUAUCAAACCGAAACAAAGUACUUUUUCUCAGAGUGGUCCUCUCAAAAGUAAGUCCCAAAUACCGUGCAGCUCUAUUCACAUGCAUAGCAGUGUUAACUCCAAAACACAACCUAAACUGUUAAGCAAACAUAGCUUCAACCCUCUGAUAAGCGGAAUUGGCAAGUGUGAUGUUCAAGGCAGUGGCACUGAAAUAACUGCCCCUUCAGAGAAUGAGAAAGCAGAGAAGCUGAUCCCAAGAGAGGAGGUGAUGCAGCACCCUAACCCAAACCCUGGAGCAAAGCUAUCUUGUCACUCAGCAAAGGGCAGAGCAUGGAACACAACUGGAGCAACAAAUGUAGUCAUCAGCACACAGGACUUUGUGAAAACUACAACUAAGGAAUGCCUCACAGGGCAGAUAAUGCAUAAACAACACAAUAUGACUCAGACCCUAACCAGUGCAUUGGAAAACCAGGAUCAACAUGGUGGCAGUAAAGAAAGUACACUUAGUCCUAUUAACAUUGCCUGCCAAAUCUCUGAUUUGGAAGCAGAUGCAGUGGAAAAUACAAUCCCCCAAUUUCAUGAGGGUGGUGUUGGGAACGUACCGGAGAAUGUCAGAGAGGAAGUCAAGACACCAGGACAGUUUACAAGUCAGGAUAUGCAAAGCCACGGUAAACUGAAAACCUUGGCCCCAGUACAUGUAGUAAGAGACAUGAGGAGUCUUGUGAAAAACACAUACAACCUGUCCUUCAAGGGCCCGGUAGAAUCAAACCAUGGAAUGGAUGGGACAGCUCCCUUUUUUCCAUCGUCAUUACACAAUCAAAGUAACAGCAAGAGUGAAGGGAAAGGAAAGGGAUAUAGACAAGAUGAAAAGCCCCAUGUGUGGAAGGUCAACCCACCUCUUCCAAUGGAUAGAAUGCGAGAUCUGGCCUCUCAUCACUCUGCACCCAGAGGAUGCUCAACUAAGGCGAUGCCUCCUGUGGAAUCAAAUGACAAAAGUCAUACUGUUGGAUUAACAAAGGUCCGUCCACUUAGUAUAACCAAGGCAAACAGUUGUGCCAUGUCAAAUCCCACAGAGACACCAGAUAACCAAAUUGGCAUUAGUAAAGUUCAUGUCCUAGGUAGUGAUAUAACCUUGAAACAAAUAAACAGGACAGACCUGGCAAUACAAAAUGGAGAGGGAACUGAAGUAGUCACAAAUGGAGAGUUGAAUAAGACAGAGCACAAGACAACUAUCAGCUCUAACAAUGAUCAACAGACUGGUGCAUUACAUGGUCUCCAACUAGAACUGCAAUAUCAUUCACCUACAGUAAGCUCUGAGCAACAGGAACGUGAAAAGAUAAUCAGUGAUGAUCAAACCCCAUGCCUGAAUCCCAGGUCACAGAGUUCAGUGGGGCCUCUGUCUGCUUGUGUUCUAACAGUUGCUUCAACACCAAUGGCUCCUACAUAUUAUUACAACACCAAUCCGAUGGGCUACCAGACAAUCUCUCAUCCUAUUGGAGCUAUUCACGGCUAUGUUCAAGGGCCAGUCUUGUUUCAAACAUCCCUUUAUAACCAGCCCUCUUCAUCAAACAGUCACACCCCCUUAUUGAGAUCCCUCUCGGAGGAUGGAAAAAUGCUACUCCAGCAAUGCCCAACAGAUGGCUUAAAUCAAGUAGAGAAUAAAGAGACAGGACUGAAAAUACCUUCUCCUGAAAGCCAACACAACACAAUCAUUGUUACUCCCUUAAGUGAAGAGGCCAGGCUUGGGGGUGCAGGUGUUUUGUAUCCAGAAGCAGGAGGAAGUGUUGUUGUAGGACAAAACCCUUGGCACCUGUUGCUAGACCCGGAAACUGGUCAUUGUUUCUAUGUGGACAUACCUCAUCUGCCACAGCGCAAGAUGCUGUUUGAUCCAGAAACAUGCCAAUAUGUUGAGGUUCUAUUGCCCCAGCAGACACUACCCAGUGCUGUUUUGACCCCACCCUGUGCCAUACCCUUUGCCUCUCUACAUAUCCCACCCAUGUACACCCCACACUGUUUACCAUUUGUGCAGUCACAUCCACAGGUGCUCCCACCACCAGGACCAUGAAACCUGACAGGACAUAUAGACUGUAGAUGUUAAUAACUAAUUUCCAAGGAUCAGAUUACCCAGUGCCUCUUAAGUGCUGGAUCAGAGCUGUUUAUAAGCUUCUGAAUGAGUGAAACAUGUUGACCAUCUGGUACCCUGGCCUCUAGGCAUCAAAGCCGAAAGCGUAUUUUGUUAGCACUGCAUUCAGCACUCCUUAUUUCAUAAAGGCUACCUCUAGACUUGGCAACUGACAUGGGUGAGACCGUUUAUAUCUGUUGAAAUGUUGUAAGAUGCAUGUGCAUUCACACAUACAUGCUACACAAACAGAGCAGGGGCUUUAAUGGGAGAAAGGCUCAUAUCAUCUCUGGUAUGGGCAGUUGAGACUUACCAAGAGAACUGUGAGACUUAAGUAGGUUUAGCAUAUUUAUGAUAAAGGUCACAAUUGUAUUACUUAAGGCAGUUUGAGUAGAAUCAUGGCUCUGUUUGAUGUAAACUUACCUAACCAUAACCUUUGAUAACACUUCGGUUUUUCUAAUUUGUUAACAUACUGUACAUGACAUGGAUGUUAGUGUCCCAAAAUACUUUUUAAUCUGUUUUUUUUUUAAUUCUGGUUCUGAACCAGGGCCGGAGUGUAUAAUCGGGAGAAUUGGGAGAAUUCCCGGUGGGCCGUUUAGAAAUUGGUCCGACAGGACCACAUAUUGAUUAAUAUGUGAGCCCAUAAAAGAGUUGCCAGCCCUCCAUAUUAUAUGAAAACCUCCAGUAUUUAUGGGAUGAGAAUUGUGUUCCGUAUUAAAGCCACACGGGACACAGUCUCUCCCAUAUUUUAGUGUCUCACACCCAAACAGAUGACAGAGUGGCCUGUGAGAGACAUUUUGCUCUGUUACACAGAUGCUUCACUUGAUAGCGGGGGAAGGAUCCCAGAAGAUCCAGGGAGUACAGAUACUAAGCUAAAUAAAUAAUGAUAAUGAAUAAAUGUGUUUCAAGUAGCAGUUCACGACAAGUUCAAUACUUAUGAUAGUCUCACAAUCUCAAUUAAUUGAUUAAUCUAAAAAAAUCUUCAUUCCUUGCCAUUCAGAGUUUAUUUUUACAAAAUAAAAUAAUACUAAAUUCAGAUGCUAUAGCACAACACAGUAGGGAAAUAAUGAGACAGCUCUCAAAACAUGCACAGAACAAACUGUGUAGUGUCUUCAAUAUUGUAUUAUGCGCUGGAAGCCCAUUUUUUAAAGAGACAGUAACUUUAUUACUGGUGUCUUUAGCAUUUACAAUACCAAGCAAUAAAAAGUACAGUUGUGUUAUUUUUAGUUUUUUUUUGUUUGUUUUUUCAAACUUUUUGUUGGAUUUUUUUUACUUUUGGUUAUACUCUUGACUCAAAUUGUUGAUUUAUUAUUUUUUUGUAUAUGG